AUGUCAUUUGUCAAUGAUUUAGAAAAUCAGUUCAAUGAAGAUAUACUAGACGAAUUUUUAGAUCAAAGAGUCUAUGACUAUUCACCAAAGGAAGAUUUUGAUUUCGAUAAUCAAUACCAACCUGAUCAAUUAAGCCAAAUACAUGAGACUCCAACUAAUCAAGACAGUAUAAAUGAAGAUUUGAGUCAAAAUCAAUACAGCUACAACUUGUAUAAUUUAGAUGAAGUCAGUCCUAAUUCCAGUCUGGUUAAAGAAAUGGAUUAUUUUCCUGGUCAAACAAUAGAUCAAGGUCUUAAUCUGCAUAUGGAUCAAACAAUAGAUCUGAGCUUCAAUCAUUCUAACAACAAUUCAUCAACUAAUUUAUCCAAUAACAUGAACUUUAUGAAUAAUAAUAGUGGCCAUAAUACAUUAAAUAACUCCGCUGCCACCUCAAGAUCAGUUUCGGUUAACAUCAAUGGAGAUAAAAGAAUGAAUGAUUACGACUUGUUAAGAGAUGAAGUGUCCAAAUUGAAAUUUGGUAAAUAUAAUAUGAAUUAUGUUCCUGAUUCCAUCAAUCCUUCCCCAGAUAUGUUGGACUUUUCCAGUACUAAAGCAUCACAGUUACCAUAUAAAUUAGAUAUUUCAAAUUUACCAGACUAUUCAAGAGUGGAAACACAAAUCAAGAUCAAUUUAAAUGUAUCUCCUUCUCCUCAAGAAAAUUUAUUACAUAUUCCUCAGGAUUUAGUACUGAAAAAUAAAUUUUGUCUUUAUGAUUCAAUUGGAAAUUUAAAUCCUGUCAUUUUAAGAAACUUGUUGUUUUUAGAGUGUUUUGUUAUGACUUCAGAUUUGAAGAAGAGUUGUAAUAUCUGUUCCAAAUGUAUCAAACGUGAACAAAAGAGAGCUAGUAGAAGAAGGGGUGCUGAUGAAUCUUCCAACAACAAUCAGGGAAGUCCAGAGGGAGGAAUGGUGAAAAACAACCCUAAUGUUUGGAGUGAUGAUAACAUGAUCAAAAAAGCUGUGAUUUUCAAUUGUAAAGAAAUUGUAUCGUUCCCAGCUCCCACAGGUAUGGAUCUUUCCAAGUCCAUUGAACUCAGUGCAAGAUUGAUUUGUUAUUGUCGCCACCAUCAAGAAACGAAAGGUUUUAAGUUAUUGUUUGUAUUGAAGAACCACCGAGGUGAAAUCGUUGGUAAACAAUUGAGUUCCCCUAUAAUGAUCAUGGAUAGAAAGAAACCAACCACUAGUACGGAAGAACAACAACCAAUUUCCCCAAAUUCCAUCGAUGAGUCUUCAGAUUUGACAACUGAUGAGAGAGGAGUGAAACGUAAGAAGUUAUCAGUAGAUGAAAAUCUUAUGUAUAAUGGCUCAAUUGGAUCAGUGGGAUUCUCUCCCAUCAGCAAUAGUGAUACCAGUAGUAUGAGAGUAACGAAGCCGUUGAGAAGUAAUAACUUAGUGCCUCCUUCGUCGAAUUUACCAACUAUUUUACGUAUAAUCCCAGCUCAAGGUCCAAUAAGAGGUGGUAUCGAAGUCACAUUAUUGGGAUUCAAUUUCCAUCCGAAUUUAUCUGUAAAGUUUGGUGCCAAUGCAGCAUUAGCUACUCACUGUUGGUCGGAGACUACUAUUGUUACGUAUUUACCACCAGCUUCCAUUCCUGGCCAAGUUCUAGUGAGUUUCGAGGGACAUGAUACCACAAGCCAACAACAAGUGUUUACCUACACAGAUGAUACUGACAAGCAAUUGAUUGAAUUGGCCUUACAGAUAGUUGGUUUGAAAAUGAAUGGUAAACUCGAAGAUGCUAAAAACAUUGCUAAGCGUAUUGUUGGAAGUGGUAAUUCUCCAAGCGUUUCCUCCAAUACUAAUUCGCCAAUCAAAACCGAAAACACUAAUGAUUCUAAUAUCAAUUCACUUUCGAUGAGUAGUGAACCUGUUAGCAAAGGUUAUAAUGAUGAUGAUAAAAUUAAUGAUUCUAACGAAUAUGAUAAUACUAAUGACUGGUAUACAAACGCACAAGGAAAAGUCAAUCAAUUGAAUACGACCCCGACUGAAUCUACUGUAAUUUCAUUCCUUAAAUUAAUAGAUUUACCAAAUUGUCCAACCAUUCCUAAUUGGCAAUUAACUAAUGGUCAAGGCCAAACUUUGUUACAAUUAGCUACCAUCAAGAGUUACAAUAAAUUGGUUAAGUUCUUAAUCAAUCAUGGGUGCUCCGUAGAUUAUCGUGAUAAUCUUGGAUGUAGCGCAUUAUUCUACGCCGGAGUUUAUGGAAAUCGUGAUCUAAUUUCAUUAUUUCAAAGCUAUGGGUUGGAAGAUGAAAAAGUCAAAGACUAUUGCGAUUUCAAUGUCUUGGAUAUGCUUAGCAACAAAGGAUUAAGAAAAAUCGAAAGUCUUGAACUGAUCAAUGUCACUCGUAGAACAGUUGUUGAAAGUGAUCAUGAAUUUGAUGGAGAGUUCGAAGACAGUGAUAUGGAAACUGAUUAUUUCAAGUCUUCAGACGAGGAAACUAUUCAUCAACAUAUGAACAUCGGAAAGGAAGAUGACGCACAAUCAAAUGAAACUAUAACCAAUAUCAACAACGAAGACAGAGGACUCUGGCAAAAAGUUAAAGAUGUGUUCAAUAAAUCUGAUGAUGAAUUACCAAAUUAUGACGAUUUAUUCCCUUUUGGCCCCUCGUCAAGAUCUUCGAAACCAAAGACUAGAAUUGAACAACAAUUGAAUGAAUCUUUAACUACCCCAAAGAUUGGAAAUAGUAGUCAAGAAGGGGAAAUCGAUUCAGACAGUUCAGAGGACAUGAUCAUCUCAUACAUCAACCACCCUCGUAAAACGGUUGAAAAUGAUAAGAUGUUAAUAUUUUUCUGGGUUCCCGUCUUGAUUUUAUUAGUGUGUGUAUUCAUUUCAGUUUCUAUGGGACAUAAGUUUGAGGUUAUUGAAAAUUUCAAAAAUGUGAUAAGAGAUAGUUUGGGUAAUUUAAUGGUAGGUAAUGAAAGAAUAAAAAGGGUUUUUACUGAGUAG